GGAUGUAUGGAGACCUCCGCAGCGACACUUCACCCUUCGCGUAUGCGUCGCCUUUCCCCUUUUUAUUUACCCUUUCCGAGUAGUCCCCGUCGCCGACACCUCGCUCGGAUCCCCCCUCCUUUACGACGCCCGCCGAAACCCUAAUUCGCCGAUCCCAAGUCGUGUGAUCUAGUUGUUUUGAGCUAGUGUUAGGGAUUCGUUGAUCGUUCGAUCGGUUUUGGAUUGGAUGAUGGGGUCGGGAUUAGGGUUUUGGAGGGUUUGAAGGCGCGGAGGUUGGGGGGGAGGGGGUGGGAGUAUGGAGGAUAAUGCGGGGAUCCCGGAGGAUCUGAGGUGCAAGAGAUCGGAUGGAAAGCAGUGGCGGUGCAGCGCGCCGUCGAUGCCCGACAAGACCGUCUGCGAGAAGCACUACAUACAGGCCAAGAAGCGGGCGGCGAAUUCGGCCCUGCGGGCCAGCCUCAAGAAGGCUAGGAGGAAGUCGCUCGGCGAUGCCGAUGCGGAUGCAGAUGCGGAUGCCGACAUCUACUUGGAGAGAAAGCAUGGUGAGUCGGGGUUGACGAGGUCGUUGUCGCCGGUGAUGAAGUACAAGGAGAGGAUGCCAAAGGGGGUCGCGGCAUACUCCGCUGGGUCGAUGGUGAUGAGGGGUUCUCUCCCACACGGUGGUUUUAAUAGACCUAAUGAUGAGCUGCCGAGUGAUGGCACUCAGGCAGAGGAGAAUAGGGCGAGGUCGGUGUACAGCUCGCCUUACAGUAAGGAGGUGAAGAGCUUCGGUGCGACUGGUGCAGGGGAGUAUUUUGGGAGAAGUGCUGAUUCUUAUGGCGCAGUCAAGGGGUUAAUUUGCCAUCAGUGCCGGAGGAGUGAUAGGGUGGUAUGGUGUAUUAGCUGCGAGCGUAGGGGAUACUGUGGCGUCUGCAUUUCAAGAUGGUAUGCGGAGAUUCCACUGGAGGAAAUACGGAAGGUUUGUCCGGCAUGCCGUGGUAUUUGCAACUGCAGAAUCUGCUUACGAGGAGAUAAUUUGAUUAAGGCCAAGGUACAGGAGAUUCCUGGCAUAGAUAAGUUAAGAUAUCUUCACAGCCUUCUAGUCUUUGUUCUCCCUGUGCUUAAGCAAACCUAUGCUGAACAAUGCUCUGAAAUGGGAGUGGAAACAAGAAUUUAUGGACCCAAAGUUGAUAUUCCCAGGGCAAAAGUAAAUGCAGAUGAGCAGAUGUGCUGUGAUUUCUGCAAAAUCCCUGUUUUUGAUUAUCAUCGACACUGUACAAAAUGUUUAUAUGAUUUAUGCUUGACCUGUUGCCGGGAUAUUCGACGAGGAUCCUUGAUCAGUCUGGAAGGGGGGUUCGUUGAACUUCAGGUUCCGGAGAGAAGUAAAGAUAUUGAUGCUGCAACAACUAGGGCAGAACAAUAUGCUAAAAGAACCAACGAUAAGUCGCUAUCUUGGAUAGCAGAUGAAAAUACAAUUGAUUUUGCUCAUCUAUUUCCUGCAUGGAAGGCCAAGAAUGAUGGUAGCAUUCCUUGUGGAGCUGAUGCUGGUGGUUGUGGCUCCUCAAAAUUGGUUUUAAGACGCAUACUUAAAGUCAACUGGAUUGGUAAACUUGUUAAAAAUGCUGAGGAAAUGGUUAAGGGAUGUAAAGUACGUGAUUUGGACUAUUCUGAUAGGUGUUCUUCUUGCAAAGGUAUUAGGAGUUUGGAGUCAAAAGACUCAAGUGAUUUUAGUCUUUUCCGGUGCUCUAACAGAGAAGGAAGCAGUGACAACUCCUUGUACUGCCCAAUGUUAGACGAUGUAAAGCAUGAAGGCAUUGGUCAUUUUCACAAGCACUGGAUCAAAGGUGAGCCGGUUAUUAUUAGACAUGCAUUUGAGCGUUCGCUGGCAUCAAGCUGGGAUCCAUUAAGUAUUUGGAGGGGAAUCCAGGAGACAACAGAUGAAAAGAUCAACCAUGAUUUGAUUGUCAAGGCUGUGAAUUGCGUGAACCAAUCAGAGGUUGAUAUUGAAAUGAAUAAAUUCAUAAAAGGAUAUUCCGAUGGGCGUAUACUUGUGGAUGGUAGAUCACUGAUGUUGAAACUAAAAGACUGGCCAGCUCCAAAUAUUCUAGAGGAGUUCUUAGUGUGCCAUAGACCUGAAUUUCUUGUGAAUUUUCCGUUAGUUGAUUUUAUUCAUUCUAAAUGGGGUGUUUUGAAUCUUGCUGCCAAAUUGCCCCAUGAUACUAUACAGUCUGAAGGAGCUCCCAAGCUGUUAAUUGCAUAUGGAAUUCAUGAAGAGCUUGAUAGAGAUUAUUUUGUAUCCAAUCUCCAGAUUAAUAUGGGUGAUGUGGCUUAUAUGUUGAUGCACACAGCCGAUGUGCAUAGUAAAUCUCUCAAGAGGUGUGGAACUGUCCAAAGUGAGAAGAUCUCCAAGGAAAUUAAUGCCAAAAGAUCAACGGGGACUGCACAUGUAUCUGAUAACAUGUAUCUAGAUGGGAAGACACACGCACUUGAUCUAACACAAAGAGAACAUAGAGAGAAGGAAAAUGUUUUUGGCUUCAGAUAUAAAGAAGAGAAUAUUGUUGAGAAUGAAUUAUGCAAUGGUCCUGAAAUUGCUUCUGUAGAAAAGAGAGCCUACGACUCUUGUCGCUUAGAGAGAAAAAGAAUUGAUGCUUCAGACUGUUCUCUGGGUGGUGCUGUUUGGGAUGUAUUCCGCAGGCAGGAUGUCCCAAAGCUGAAUGAAUAUUUAAGGGCUCAUUUUAUGGAACUUAAAACUACUAGUCCUCAUUCGAUUACUCACCCUGUUUAUGAUCAAGCUAUAGUCCUAAGUAAAGAUCAAAAAAGGAUGUUAAAAAAAGAGUACGGAAUAGAACCCUGGACGUUCAGACAGCAUGUUGGGGAAGCUGUGUUUAUUCCUGCUGGAUGCCCUUUCCAAGUUAAAUUUCUUCUGUCUUCAGUUCAACUGGUGCUCGACUUUUUAUCACCGGAGAGCUUAGGGGAGUCAGCUCGUAUGGCACAAGAGAUUCGUUGCCUCCCAAAUGACCAUGAUGCAAAACUGAAGAUGUUUGAGGUGGGAAAGAUUUCUUUAUAUGCUGCAAGUUCGGCCAUCAGAGAAAUUCAGAAGAUAUCAGUUGAUCCCAAGCUUGAUUCAGAACUUAGAUUGCAGGAUCACAACCUAACCGCGAUGGUUUCGGAGAAUUUGGAUAAAAUCAUUAAGAGAAGGCAAGUUGUUUGCAGGUGAGGCUGCAUGUGUUCCCUAAAAAGCUUCUGAUUGGCCUGUAUAUUAAGAUAUUAUUUGCUCGGAUGAUGUAAAGAAAUUAAAAAAAUGUAUUAUAUGGUGUGUCAUAAUUUGAUUACAUGUAAUUUUCACAAUAUUGCCAAUUUAAGAAUAAAUUAUAUUACAUCCUAA